CGCCUCUGAAGUCUAUGGUAGGGAGCCCAGCCCGCUUCCUGCCCCUCCCCGACCCUACAGCCACUUGCUGCUUCCUGGGUGAAACAGAAACCUUCAAGCUCCAUGCAGUAGGCGGUUUCAGCAGGCCAGACAGUGUCCUUGACGUCACAACCAGUCAGAGGCCGGUUCUGUCUCAACGGAAGGAGGUUGGACCAUGCAGUUGAUCAACAUCAAGACCAGCCACUGGAACAGGCCAGUCUCAGAGACUGGCAGCCCACUCUGCCUGUAGAAACUGGAAAGAGGGCUGGAGUCUAAUUGCUGCCCACGCAGGGAGGAGCUGCCCCUGCUGGUUGUCAGUGGUUUGCUUGAACGAGAAGAACUGAGUCAGUGGCUUCACCUGGCCGGAAGGAAGGAGGGUGACGACUUUGAUUCAAGGGAUUCGAUUAGUCGGCCACAUCAUCCUGAUUCAGUAAGGGACAUGUCAAGGCAGGUGGAAUCCUGGCAGGCCAUUUGGAGGAGAUGGAUGGCAGCUGUGACGGCAGAGGUGGAGGCACCCGAUUUGAGUUACUUCUGGAGACUGCAGUGCUUGUCGUUGUUUAGUCCCUGAAGGAGCUGGCCUGGGAUUGGGAGAAGGAAGAAACAGCUUGCGCAGCGCCCACAGCAGGAAGUUCCAACCCCGUAGUCGUAGCACUGACAAUUCUUCCAGCCCCAGGAGGCACGAAAAAUGAAGCUGCUGGAAAACUCAAGGUUUGAAGCCAUAAACUCCCAGCUGACAGUGGAAACGGGAGACGCACACAUCAUUGGCAGGAUUGAGAGCUACUCUUGCAAGAUGGCCGGUGACGACAAGCACCUUUUCAAGCAGUUCUGCCAGGAGGGGCAGCCCCACGUCCUUGAGGCCCUGUCCCCACCCCAGACCACAGGGAUCAGCCCAAGCAGGCUCAGCAAAAGCCAAAGCGGCGACGAGGAGGGGCCCCUCAGUGACACAUGCAGCCGCAAGACCCUCUUCUACCUGAGGGCGACGCUGAACGAGUCCUUCCGGCCCGACUAUGACUUCAGCGCUGCCAAGAGCCAUGAAUUCAGCCGGGAGCCAAGCCUCAACUGGGUGGUGAAUGCCGUGAACUGCAGCCUCUUUUCGGCGGUGCGGGAGGAUUUCAGUGCUCUGAAGCCUCACCUGUGGGAUGCUGUGGACCAGGAGAUCUGCCUCUCCGAGUGCGACAUCUACAGCUACAACCCGGACCUGGACUCGGACCCAUUCGGAGAGGAGGGCAGCCUCUGGUCCUUCAACUAUUUCUUCUACAACAAGCGACUGAAGCGGAUUGUCUUCUUCACCUGCCGCUCCAUCAGUGGCUCCACGUACCCGCACCCUGAGGCUGGCAACGAGCUGAACAUGGACCUGAGCGAGGACGACACGGUGGAGGAGGCGGCAGCAGGCGCCUGUGACAAGGACGGGGGCAGCAUUGCGGAGGACAGGAAACAAGUGAUCUGCAUGUGACUCUCCACGGAUGGCGUUCCCCCAAACCAACCCAGCGUUGUGUUGCUUGGCCUGCCUGCCCACCCGCCCUGUGGAUGCUGCGUGAUCAGCCAGUGGCUCCAGGCUCCCGGGAUGCUGCCAGCCAGCCUGCCCCUUGCCCACCUGCACGCGCUUUUGGAUCCUGGACGCUGAGGUUUUUGCGCCCCGUGCAGCACUGGAAACUUUGUCCUGCCUUUGCCGCCGUGCCCAAGCGGGACAGGGCCGGCCAGAAGCACUUUUCUGUUCCUAAUUCUGGUAGAGCAAAUGCUGUCCGUCUGGAGGCAGCACCUGUUGGGGGCCAGGGCUGUGCCUCCCUCCCUGGGAAUUGGUCCGUCAGUUUCAAGCUCCUGUUGGGCUCUUCCUGCCCCAGAGCCACGCUGGCUGCUCCUGUGGCCUCGGUCCUUACACUUCUUGAUGCUGCAGCCUGCUAAAGACUGGACAGCUGGCAGAAGCUGCAUUGACUGGGGGAGGGGGGAGAUUCUCCCUCUUUUCCUUUUUUAACCGCAAAAGACUUUGGCAUCGAGUGACCCUGGACUGGCAGAAGCCGGGGUUUGGGCAUCUGGCUAGUGUGGCUGCUUUCGCUCUGCAAGGGCUCAUAGAGUUUAUAUUUGUAUUCAAGCCCAAGAGUCUGUGCUGGUGUCUCCCUGUGCCCCCCCCCCCCGGGAUGCCUGCCUCUCCCAUCUGAUGCCUACCACACCCUUCUUCCCAACCCUGCUCUGUGGCCCACUUGGCACAUGGCUGGGUUGGUGCGCCCUCUUCAGCAGAGGGGAAGGGACGCUGGUGCUGCUGGCUGAGCGGGAGGGCUGCUCUUGUGUCCGUCUCCCCCCCCCCCGGCCUUCUCUGGACUGGGCUGCUGUGGAAGUGCUUCUGUUGCGCUGAGUUGGAUUCCCUCCUGAGCACUUUGUGUGGGCUUCUGUCCGGUCUUAUGAGCUGACGGCAGAGGGCAGGAACUGCCUGCCCACUUGGUGUGGAGCCUGCAUUGCUAGAUCUCUCGCCCCAGGCACAGACACUCCAGCCCUGCCCUUCUGUGCAACUGACCUCCCCAGGAAAGGAGUCCCUGGUCCCCUGUCAGAAAACAAGCUGGGCUGAGGAGCAGCCUGCAUUUGGUCCCCACUAGGCAUCCCUGCUUCUGUUUCCCAUGGCCGCCCUUGCCCCACUGCCAGGCAGCAAGUGACUUGGGGGCACCCUUUGCCACCCCUCUUUUAGAUUCACCGGCUUAUUUGCCGCUUCCUGUUUGUCUGUGUUGCCUAGCAGUUUUACUGUUGCAGCUAUAAACUUUUUUUCCCUCCAUGACUUAACAUUAUUCUGUCUACUUCCUGCAAGGAGAAUCUGGAUGGGGCCAGUGGGAAGGGUCUGCUCUGUGGUCUCCCCCCCCCCAGCCCUCUAGGAACUUGUUUGCUGCAUUGGAAGCUGUGCCUGGGAGGCAACAGGGCCCAGGGGGUGGGGAGUUGUGGGCUUCAGUGGGUCAGCCUUCCCCUUCCGUGUUGCUCUUGCUUGCCUGCCAAAUCUCCCUCGCUCCUUUUGGGGCAGGCAGAGUGGCAGAGCAAAGGUCCUUGUGCUGCUCUCCC